AUGGCGCCCGCAGCCGCCCUGCUCGCGUCCCUGGCCGCCGCCCUCGGGAUUGCGCAGGCGGCCAACGCGCCGCGGCAGGCGUCGCAGGCCGAGAGCUGUCUCCAGGGCGCGGGCGUGCCCAUAGUGGCCAAGUCGUCGAGCGUCUGGAGGGUGGACGCGGCGGCGUACAACUUGCGCGUGCCCGUCACGCCCGCCGCCAUCGCCGUCCCGACCGCGGUCCAGCAGAUCCAGGCCGCCGUCUCGUGCGGCGCCCGCCUCGGGCUCAAGGUGACGCCCAAGGGCGGCGGCCACGGGUACGCGUCGCACGGCCUCGGCGGCGAGGACGGGCACCUGGUCGUCCAGCUGGACCGCAUGAGCGGCGUCUCGCUCAACACCACGUCCAACGUCGCCACGGUCCAGGCCGGCGCCAGGCUGGGCAAGGUCGCCACGGAGCUGUUCAGGCUGGGGGCGCGUGCCAUCAGCCACGGCACAUGUCCCGGAGUGGGAGUUUCUGGGCACGUUCUUCACGGCGGCUUCGGCUUUUCUUCGCACACCAGGGGGCUGGCGCUGGACUGGCUGGUCGGGGCGACGGUCGUGCUGGCAAACUCCACCGUGGUGCGCGCCUCGGCCACGGAGAACCCGGACCUGUUCUGGGCGCUCCGGGGCGCGGGCUCCAACUUUGGAAUCGUGGCCAGCCUCGAGUUCGACACCUUCCCGGCGCCCUCGACUGUGACCACGUUCCAGAUCGCGCUGCCGAACUGGAGGUCCGAGCAGACGGUGCUGGCCGGCAUCCAGGCCCUGCGCGACUUUGCUGUCAACAAGGCGCCCAACAACCUCAACAUGCGCCUGUUCGGCCAGCCCACCAACUUCAUCAUGGAGGGCGCGUUCUACGGCACCCUGUCCGAGCUCAGACCCGUCAUAGACCCCCUUGUGGCGGCCACCGGCGGCACGCUCACGUCAAAGACGGACGGCUGGCUGGCGUCUCUGCAGGCUUACACCUACGGAGACCAGAUGGAGCAGACUAUCCCAUACAACGUUCACGCCAGCUUCUACGCCAAGAGCCUGGAGCUCAAGGACCUGACGGGCCAGCCGCUCGCGAACUUUGUGCGCUACUGGCAGAACACGGCGCGCAACCAGCCCGCGUUCGGCUGGUACUUCCAGCUGGACAUCCACGGCGGCGCCACCUCGGCCGUCAGCCGCGUGGCCGCCAACGCCACCGCCUACGCGCACCGGGACAAGCUUUUCCUAUUGCAGUUCCAGGACCGGGUCGCCGGGGGCAGCGGCGGCCCCUACAACAAGUUCCUGGACGGCUGGAUCAGCUCCGUCACGGACUCGAUCAGCCGGCCCGACUGGGGCAUGUACAUCAACUAUGCCGAUACCAUCCUGAACAGGACCGCGGCGCAAGAGCUGUACUACGGACAGAACCUGCCCAGGCUGAGGCAGGUCAAGGCCAAGUUCGACCCCAAGGAGCUGUUUUACUACCCUCAGUCGGUGCAACCGGCUGCAUGA